AUGUUGAAACGCAACAACUGAAAGCGAUCUUGCACUCGCUACAUCCAAAGUCAAGAUACCGUCUUUCCCCCCUCAUUUUCUCUCUCCUCUCAUCGAUCAACAAACCCUCAUUUUCCGAUCAACAAUUUUGCUGCAGUAUGUCGGAUGCUCUCAUCAAUGGCCUCGCCGGCGCCGGCGGCGGUAUCAUCGCUCAGCUCAUCACUUAUCCUCUUCAAACUGUUAAUACUCGGCAGCAAACGGAUCGGAAUACGAAGAAGGAGAAGAAGAAGCUUGGAACUCUUGAACAAAUGUGUCAGGUUGUGAAGCAUGAAGGAUGGGGGAGGCUGUAUGGAGGUUUGACACCGUCAUUAGUAGGUACUGCUGCUUCUCAGGGUGUUUACUAUUAUUUCUAUCAAAUAUUCAGGAAUAAGGUUGAAGCUAUUGCUCUUGACCGCAGGAAGAGAGGACUUGGGGAUGGAUCUGUUGGUAUGUUGUCAUCGUUAAUUGUGGCUGCUAUGUCUGGGUGUACAAAUGUGUUGCUGACAAAUCCCAUAUGGGUUAUUGUCAUUCGGAUGCAGACGCACACUAAGGCUUCCAAGAAAGUACAGCCCAAUCAAGCUAUAAGAUCUCCUGAAGAUAGUUUAGUUGCAAUGGAGCCACCACCUUAUGGAACUAGCCAUGCAAUUCAAGAAGUUUAUGAUGAAGCUGGAUUUUGGGGCUUUUGGAAAGGUGUAAUACCAACAUUGAUAAUGGUAAGCAAUCCAUCUAUACAGUUCAUGCUGUAUGAGACCCUAUUGAAAAAGCUGAGGCAGAGGCGUGCAAUGAAUAAAAAUGAUAGCAAGGGAGUAACUGCUUUAGAGAUAUUUUUACUUGGGGCUGUAGCAAAGCUUGGAGCUACUGUCGUGACAUAUCCCCUUUUGGUGGUAAAGUCGAGGCUUCAAGCAAAGCAAAUUGCUGGCACAGACACAAAGCAUCACUACAAAGGUACAUUUGAUGCGCUCACGAAGAUAGUUAAUAAUGAGGGUUUGUCUGGAUUUUACAAAGGGAUGAGCACAAAGAUUGUACAAAGUGUUCUUGCAGCUGCCGUUCUAUUUAUGAUUAAGGAGGAAUUAGUGAAAGGAGCACGUUUAUUGCUUUCAAAGAAUGGUGCCUUAUCAAAACCUCAAUAGUUGUAGACUUGUUUUAUACUCACCGGAGGUAUUCCUUUCCAGCUGCAAAAAAAAAAAAAAAAAAAAAAAAGAAAAAAGAAAAAAGUGAAGUAAAAUCCUGGCUGAGUUGAGCCAAUUUAUGGGCUUCAACUAUAACACGUAUUCUCUGAUGAAGGAAGGAAUCAUGUGAGUUACUGGAAGUGCAGCUCCUGUUAUGAAUGAUCAAGCAAGGGAUUCAUAUUUCAAGUAGCCGAAUUGUAAAAUGUUUAACUUGAUUUGUAAGCCUGAGGGAUAGCUCCUCUUAAUUAUCGUGUUAUUCAUAUUGAUUUUUUUUGUCAAACACAUAUUAAAUCAUGUAUUCGCGCCAUUGGAGCUCAGCGCUUCAGCAUAGUGGUAAAUUAUUAAAGCAUUCUGCUUUCCGUAUA